AUGGCUGAUAAAGAGCGACCGAGUGAUGGCAGUGGAAGCGGAGGAGAUGAAGAGGAAGACGGCGGUGUUAGGCCCAAAAAAAUUGGCGAUCCAAAAGAGGGAAACUGCAGAAAGGCUAAAAAGAAGGCUUUCUUUGGGUUCAAGAAAGGAAAGAAGAAUUUGCAUCAAAAGAGGAAGCAGAGAAUCAAUUCUGGGUGUUGGGCCAAAAGGGAUUUUGAGGUUGGUUAUGGGUGUUUCUUGAGCUUGAAGAAACCGGAUACAGAUGAUUCCUCAAGUCAGUCGCCAACGAGUGAUCCUAACAGUGAAGAGUUUACCGUUGAUAUUUUGAGAGCCCUGAUUGAGAAGAAUGAUUUUUACUCUGAAGAAUGUAAUCCCCAUUUGGAUACAGAUACAGACUGA